AUGGCAGAGUCAGCGGGGCUCGCUGUGAGCGUCAUCUCGCUCGGCAUUCAGGUUGUCCAAGGCUUGGUGGACUACUACACGGCCUGCAAGGACCGAAAAUCCGACUUGGACCAUACACUAAAGAGCCUAGGCCAUCUCCUCGAUAUUCUCAAGCUCCUGGACGACCAGGUAAAGAACCGGAGGUUUCAGCCUGACGAGCAAAGUCUACGUCACAGAAUCGAGUCCUUGAUUUACGAUUGCGAAGGCGUUAUCGAUGAACUCCAACAAGAGACCAAGAAGUUCACCAAUACUCCCUCAAGUAGCGUUUGGGAUGCCGCCCGGGCCGUUGGGCGUCGCGUCGCCUACCCUUUCCGACAAAGCACUUUGCAAAAGCUUGAAGAAGACGUCGAUGCGAUAUGUGCCAAUCUCAGUCUAGCCCUGCAAGUCCUGCAGCAGCAGGAUACCAGCAAUAUUCAUGAUGACAUUGAGGACAGCAAAGCCAUCCUCGAGCUCCUAAGGGCCGACCAGAUAUCGUCCGAGAUUCAAGGCUGGCUGAAAGCUCCUGAUGCCUCGGUCAACUACAACGAAGCGUGCAAAAAGAAACACCCGCGGACUGGACUAUGGUUCGUCAAAUCUGCUACAUUUACGACGUGGCUCAAUACGCCGAAUUCGUUUCUCUGGGUCAACGGAUUCGCUGGCUGCGGCAAGUCGGUGCUCUCGUCGACCAUUAUCCAGCACACGUUUCGCCACAAGGGGUCGAACCCGGCCAUUGGUAUUGCAUUCUUCUACUUUACAUUCAACGACGAGUCUAAACAGGAUACCUCCGCCAUGCUCCGAGCUUUAAUACUACAAUUUGUCGGUCAGCUCAAGGACCAGAAUUCACCUCUUUUGGAUAUUUAUGAGAGAUACAAGACUGCCACUCCUCCUGACCACGCAUACCUAAACUGUCUCCGCCAGGUGGUGCGAAUGUUUGGUCAUGCCUAUGUUGUCCUAGAUGCUUUGGACGAGAGCCCUCGGCAAAAACAUAGAGGUAACCUAUUUCAGACUCUGGAGGAUAUGCGAGGAUGGGGUGAGCCGGGAUUCCACCUGCUCGUCACGAGUCGCGAUGAACAAGAUAUCCGAGAGCAUUUGGUUCCCCUGGAUCCUGACCAGGAUUUGCCGAUGAGAAAUGAACACAUUGAUGAAGAUAUUCGGUCUUUUGUUUCAUCUCAUCUAAGGAACAACCGGAGACUCCGCAAGUGGGAGAGGUAUUACGACGAGAUCGAACAAGCUCUCACAGAAGGCGCAAAGGGCGUAUUCCGUUGGGUAGAAUGCCAGUUCAUAGCAUUGGAAACGUGUCCUGGCAGCAAAACUCGGCUUGAUCGUCUUCUCAAGUCGCUUCCUCGGACAUUGGACGACACAUAUGAGCGGAUUUUCUUGAAUAUUGACGAAGAGUCAGCGGCCGAUGCGAAACGGAUUCUGACGCUUCUCUGCACCGCAAGAAGGCCAUUGUCGGUCGCUGAACUAAUCGACGGGAUUGCUGUAGAACUUGGCGAGGAUCCACAAUUCAACAAGGACAGCAGGCUGAUGAGCGCGGAUGACAUCAGGCACAUCUGCCCGGGACUCGUUGAGAUAGGCCUGCGAACGUACAUCAGCCCGCCAUCUAUCAACAUAGACAUAUACGACGAGGUCCAUGAGGCGAAAGAGGUCGACGAAAACUACAACCAGGUUACCGGGCGCAUCGUCCACGAUCUUGAUGACGAUGAUGACGACGAGAUCCAUGAGGAAGACGAGAUGGAUGAGGAGAAUGAGGUCGGUCAGGACUACAACACGGCCACUGUGCGCAUCGCCCACUAUUCCGUUCAAGAGUACCUUCAAUCAGACCGGAUUCGGCAAUCCAGAGCACAAAACUUCAGUAUUGAGCAUGCGGAAGCCAACAUCGACGUUGCUUGCAUCUGCUUAGUAUACUUGAUGAACCCAGUCCUAUGGUCUUUCGUCCAGUCUCCGCUUGGCCGGCCGACGUUCAGGCAAAGGCUUGUUCGAAAAUACCCUUUCGCUUUUUACUCAGCCAGCGAGUGGGCGUACCACUAUCAUCAGAGUAGUAGGGCCGAGGCCCGUCUUCACCAGCUUGCUAGGCUGCUUUUCAUGGAAACCAAGGCCUUCGAAAGCUUCAAGAAAAUCUGGAAAAUGGAAACAUUGAACUUAGAUGAACUCGGGAGCUUCGCAAAUGGCUACGCAUACUACGACAAGAAGUUCCGGACUCCCAUCACCAUCGCAUCCGUCUUGGGCCUGGAUCGGGUUGUACAAGCCCUGCUGGACCACUACGAUCGAAGUGAUUAUGGUGACGCGUUGAUUGCCGCCGCCGAGUAUGGCCACGCCACGGUGGUGUCGUUGCUACUCGAUAGCGGUGCUGACGCUAAUCACGAAACGCUCCUCGACAAAGGAGCAAACGUCAACCACAGCGUACACAAGAGCCUCUCUGGACGGUCUGCUAGCCCCUUGGAGUCGGCGGUAUCUACAGGUCGCGAACUUCUGGUAGAGCUACUGCUCGAUGCGGGGGCGGAUGCCAAUGUUGGUAUAAAGAGAACCCCAUUGGAAUGGGCGGUAUAUCGUGGAGACCUUGGCAUAGUUGAACGCUUGCUCGCCAGAGGCGCGGAUGCCAAUCUGCUGCUUGCUAAGGGCGGAGUAGCCAAUAUGGACGGCCAUGUCAGGACGAAGAGGCUUCACUUUACGUCGCUAUACGACCGGGAUGUAGGUAUAGUGGAGCUACUGCUUAGUAGGUCGAGGGAUGUCAAUGCUGGUCGGAUGAGAACCCCGUUGGAAUGGGCCGUAUUCAAUGGGAACCGGGGUAUGGUAAAGCUGCUGCUGGAUGGGGGAGGCUCGGGGGGGAAUCCAAACUUUGGUAUGGAGAAAACCCCCUUGGAAUGGGCGGUAUUCAACGAAGACGUCGGUAUGGUAGAGCUACUACUCAGUAAGGGGGUGGAGGUCAAUUCCCAGACCGGUAUGGAGAGAAGGCUCUUGAAAUGGUGGGCGAAAGCGCGGAGGGAAGACACGGUGCAAUUGCUCCAAGAUCGGGCAGCGGAACGUCUGCAUGUCAACGCGCGGGUACGGGAUCCGAAGCUGCAUGAGAAGUAG